GAGCGCGCGCGCGGGGGGGACGCGGGCCCCGGGAGCCGCCCCCGGCGCUCGCCCCGGGCCAUGGCGAGCCCGCCGCGGCACGGCGCCCCGGGGCCGGCGGGCGGCGACGGCCCCAACCUCAACAACAACAACAACAACAACAACCACAGCGUGCGCAAGUGCGGCUACCUGCGCAAGCAGCGGCACGGCCACAAGCGCUUCUUCGUGCUGCGCGGGCCCGGCGCGGGCGGCGACGAGGCGGGCGCGGGGCCGCCGCGGCUCGAGUACUACGAGAGCGAGAAGAAGUGGCGGAGCAAGGCGGGCGCGCCGAAGCGGGUCAUCGCGCUGGACUGCUGCCUCAACGUCAACAAGCGCGCCGACGCCAAGCACAAGUACCUCAUCGCGCUCUACACCAAGGACGAGUACUUCGCCGUGGCGGCCGAGAACGAGCAGGAGCAGGAGGGCUGGUACCGCGCGCUCACCGAGCUGCUGAGCGAGGGCCGCGCGGCCGCCGCGCCCCCCGCCGCCCUGGCCGCGUCCUGCAGCGCCUCGCUGCCCGGCGCGCUGGGCGGCUCGGCCGAUGACAGCUACGGGCCCGGGGCGCCCGGCGCGGCCGCCUACCGCGAGGUGUGGCAGGUGACCCUGAAGCCCAAGGGCCUGGGCCAGAGCAAGAACCUGACGGGCGUGUACCGCCUGUGCCUGUCGGCGCGCACCAUCGGCUUCGUGAAGCUCAACUGCGAGCAGCCGGCCGUGACGCUGCAGCUCAUGAACAUCCGGCGCUGCGGCCACUCGGACAGCUUCUUCUUCGUGGAGGUGGGCCGCUCGGCCGUCACGGGCCCCGGCGAGCUGUGGAUGCAGGCCGACGACUCGGUGGUGGCGCAGAACAUCCACGAGACCAUCCUGGAGGCCAUGAAGGCGCUCAAGGAGCUCUUCGAGUUCCGGCCGCGCAGCAAGAGCCAGUCGUCGGGCUCGUCGGCCACGCACCCCAUCAGCGUCCCCGGCGCGCGCCGCCACCACCACCUGGUCAACCUGCCGCCCAGCCAGACGGGCCUGGUGCGCCGCUCGCGCACCGACAGCCUGGCCGCCACGCCGCCCGCCGCCCCGUGCGGCGCCUGCCGGGUGCGCACGGCCAGCGAGGGCGACGGCGGCGCGGCGGGCGCGGCGGGCGCGGCGGCGGGGCGGCCGGGGUCCGCGGCGGGCAGCCCCCUGAGCCCCGGGCCGGCGCGCGCGCCCCUGAGCCGCUCGCACACGCUGAGCGGCGGCCGCGCGGGCAAGGGGCCGCUGCUGCCCGCAGGGGGCGCGCUGCAGCACAGCCGCUCCAUGUCCAUGCCCGUGGCCGCGCACUCGCCCCCGGCCGCCACCAGCCCCGGCAGCCUGUCGUCCAGCAGCGGCCACGGCUCGGGCUCCUACCCGCCCGCGCCCGGCGCGCCCCCGCCGCUGCCGCACCCCGCGCACCCCGCCGCGCCGCGCCCCUCCAGCGGCAGCGCCUCCGCCUCGGGGUCCCCCAGCGACCCUGGCUUCAUGUCCCUGGACGAGUCCGGCUCCAGCCCCGGCGACCUGCGGGCCUGCGGCAGCCACCGCAGCGACACGCCCGAGUCCGUGGCCGAGACCCCGCCCGCGCGCGACGGCCCCGCCGGGGACCUGUACGGCUACAUGACCAUGGACCGGCCGCUGAGCCACUGCGGCCGCGCCUACCGCCGCGUGUCCGGCGACUCCCCGGACCCCGAGCGCGGCCUGCGCAAGAGGACCUACUCGCUGACCACCCCCGCGCGCCAGCGUCCCGCGCCGCAGCCCUCCUCCGCCUCCCUGGACGAGUACACGCUGAUGCGGGCCACCUUCGCGGGCAGCGCCGGCCGCCUCUGCCCCUCCUGCCCCGCGUCCUCGCCCCAGGUGGCCUACCGCCCCUACCCCGAGGACUACGGCGACAUCGAGAUCGCCUCGCGCCGCGGCUCCAGCGGCCACCUGGGCCCCGACGACGGCUACGUGCCCAUGACGCCUGGCGCGGCGCUGCGGGCGCCCGCGGCGGGCCGGGCCGACGAGUACAUGCCCAUGAGCCCCACCAGCGUGUCGGCCCCGCAGCAGAUCGUGCAGCCCCGCGGGGCCGCCGCGCCGGGGCCCGCGCCCGUCCCCACGCUGGCCGCCCUGGGCAGGGCCUUCCCGCCGGCCAGCUCCCCCGAGGACAGCGGCUACGUGCGCAUGUGGUGCGGCUCCCGGAUGUCCAUGGAGCCCCCCGACUCCAAGCUGCUGUCCAGCGGCGACUACCUCAACAUGUCCCCCAGCGACGCGGGCCCCGCGGGGACCCCGCCCGACUUCUUCUCGGCCGCCGGGUACGGCCACGGCCACGGCCACGGCCACGGUGGCGGGGACACCUGCUACAGCUCCCUGCCGCGUGCCUAUAAGGCCGCGCACCCCUGCGCCGCCGACCAGGACCACUACGUGCUCAUGAGCUCGCCCGUGGGCCGCAUCCUGGAGGAGGAGCGGCCCGAGCCCCCAGCCGGUCCCGCGGGCGCGCCCCCGCACGCUGCUGCCCCAUCCCCCGCGCGCCCCUUGACCAGCGUGCGCCCCGAGGGCCUCGCCACCCCGCGUGGCCGCGCCGUGCGCCCCACUCGCCUGUCCCUGGACGGCCUCCAGACCCUGCCGUGCAUGCACGAGACCCCGCUGCCCCCCGAGCCCCAGAGCCCCGGCGAGUACAUCAACAUUGAUUUCGGGGAGGCGGGCGCGCGCCCCUCGCCGCCUGCGCCGUCGCUCCUGGCCUCGGCCGCCUCGUCCUGCUCGCUGCUCUCGGCCAGCAGCCCUGCGUCGUCACUCGGCUCGGGCACGCCUGGCACCAGCAGCGACAGCCGCCAGCGCUCGCCGCUGUCCGACUACAUGAACCUGGACUUCAGCUCGCCCAGGUCGCCCCGGCCCGGCCCCGCGGGCUCCCCGGACGCCUCGUCCCCGUGCCCGCCGCUGCCCCCGCGCCCGGCCGCGCCCUCGGCGGCCCUGCAGGCGCGGCCCCCGCCGCCGCCCUCACCCGGGGAGCUGUACCGUUUGCCCGCGCCGGCCGAGGCCCAGCCCGGGGACCACUGCGACUACACCGAGAUGGCCUUCGGCGUGGCCGCCACGCCGCCGCAGCCCAUCGCGGCUCCUCCCAAGCCCGAGGGCGCGCGCGCGGGCAGCCCCACGUCGGGCGUGAAGCGGCGCAGCCUCAUGGAGCAGGUGUCCGGCCUGGAGGCCUUCCUGCAGGGCAGCCAGCCCGCCGACCCGCACCGCGGCGCCAAGGUCAUCCGCGCCGACCCUCAGGGCGGCCGGCGGCGCCACAGCUCCGAGACCUUCUCGUCCACCACCACCGUCACGCCCGUGUCCCCAUCCUUCGCGCACGCGCCCAAGCGCCACAACUCGGCCUCGGUGGAGAACGUGUCGCUCCGGAAGAGCGGCGAGGGCGGCCCCGGCGCGGGCCACGAGCCCCCCGCGUCCCCGCGCCACCUGCAGCCGCCGCUGGCCACGCGGCCCUGGACGGCGGGUCCCGCGGGGUCCCUGGUGGGCUGCCCCGGCGGCAACGGCGCGCCCAUGCGGCGUGAGACCUCGGCCGGCUUCCAGAACGGGCUCAACUACAUCGCCAUCGACGUGCGCGACCAGCUGCCCCCGGAGAAGGGCGCCUGGGGCCGGACCCGCAGCCUCGGGGGGCUCAUCGGCGCCGUGGGGGGCCCCGGGCCGGGCGCCCUGCCCGCCCCCAACACCUACGCCAGCAUCGACUUCCUGUCGCAUCACCUGAAGGAGGCGGCGGUGGUGAAAGAGUGAUGGUGGCCAGAGCCAACGGCAGCCCAGCGCGGACCCCCCACCAAGCUGCUCACGUCUCCCGGGGGUUCGUGCCUCAGCCCCUCCGCAGCCCUCGGACACGCACCCCUGCGGACUCUUGGCUUUUGUUUCUGCAGCACGCGAGCCUGGCCGCCCUGCUCCUGGGCAGAGCUGCGUGUUCUCAGAGGGGGCUCCCCUGGCCCCCGACUUCCUGUUGGCAAAGCCCAGCUGGGCCCUCUUGGGCGACGAGGUGGGCCAGCCCCGGGGGUGUCCUUCGAAGAUUGCCACAAUCCUACCUCAGUUGGCAGGGGAGCUCCGGGGUGGUCCAGAGCCAUGGACCGCGGGCUGUGAGCCCGGCCCAGCCUGGCGCCUGGCUGAGCACUUGGGUAUCAGCUUGGCCUCUGAGCUCCCGUGACCGAAUCCUUCGAGACUUGGAAACCGUCGUCUGUCCAGGCCGUGGGGACAGGGCGGGCAGUCGGGAGUGUGCUUCUGCGUGACCUUCAGCCGACAGGCCGACUCUCCAUGACCUUCGUGUAGGUACUUCACAUCACAGAAGACUCAUCCUCGUGGCGGGCUCAGACGCCGUGCCUGCCUUCCCCAUCGGCUUGCGUCUCUGGAACCAAAACUUCACAGCAGCGGGUCCAGCAGGGCAGUGGCCCCUGGCCCAGCAGGCCCAGGAGGGUCAGGUGUGGGCACUCCCAGAUGGACGCCCGCUGGCCUGCCAGGAAUGGGCCGAGCAUGGAUGCGGCGGCCUGUGUCAGCAGUGGCCAGAUGGAAUCUCCGUCUUGCAUGGUCACGAUCCAUGUCCAGGGGCCCGCUGACAGCGGCCAGGAACUGUACUUCCUCUGGGCCUGGCCGAGGACCGACCCCCGGGCGGUGGGGCCGGCACCAGGAAUCCACUGGAGAUGUGAUGGGUGGUUGGGUUGGGGGGGUGGGGAGAAUAUAUAAAUAUAUAGAUCUAUAACAUAUAGAAUAAUGCAUUAAUACAAAUGAGGCUUUUUUGUUUUUUUUAGAGGAAGACCAAAAAGUUUGAUGUCUUAAAACUGUUUCGUGGCCAUGCGAGCGUCUUCUUGCCAGGAUGCGCUGUGCAGAUGACGCUUGUAGAGCAAGACAGAGUUGAAUGUAGAGCAGGGGGCACGUGGGGCAUUCCCGGGAGCCCAGCGGAUCUGUGCGGGGACGGGUGCGGCCGGUCCACUGGCCCGGGGACGCUGCGCCCCCCCGCGUGGCGUGGAAUGGCCCCGCCCCAACUCGGGAGUGUGGGAUCCUGACCGGGUGGCCCGGGCCGUGGUGGGGCCUUUCCGCCCCUCGGAGCAAGAGCAAGAGACUGAUACGGAAGUGACUUCCUCUACCCUGUACAUUUCAAAAGAAGAAAAAAAAAGGCAUAUGCAAUAUUUACCUUUUUAAUUUAGUUUACAGAAUGGAACCAAAAUGUAUAAAUGUUAUGUUUGCUAAACCUUGACACUGUAUAUUAUUAAGUCUUUGUACAGUUUGCCUGACCUCCCUCCCUCUCCCCCACCAAAAUCUAAACUAUUUUUUGCUACCGACGGUCAGCCGUCAUGCGACAGUGUUUCCUUGGUGCACGUUUGGUUUCUCCCCACCACAUGGACUCCGGGCAGGAGCCUGUGCCGUGCCCCGGCCCUGUGCGUCAGCCGCGCACGCCGAGUGCCGUGUCUGUGGCCCGCUGCCGGGCGCCCGGAAUAGCCAUAUGCAAUAAAUAAAGAGGUUAUUUAUGAGA